AUGACCACUCAACUUGAGCCAAGCUUGUCACUCAACUCGGUUCAUAAGUUCCUCUGCACUUCAAGAGCCACUCAAGCCAAUGUUGCACUAUGUCGAAAUACUUCUUUCGCUCUCCAAAACGGUCUUGCAACCUACGGCAAAUUACCAGUUAAGCUUUCCACUCUUGAAAUCUUACAAAUUCAGACUCCCUUAAAUUACAACAAACUGACCUCAAACACGACACCCUUCUCCGACAUCCCCCAACGAGAUGCGCACUCAAAUUCGCCUUCAGUCCAAGACACACCCAUGCCGAUGUCUUACUACAUCGAAGUACUUCUUUCGCUCUCCAAGGCAGUCAAGAACCCCACUACAGAAUCAAAGUUCAAUCUUCCUGGCCGGCAUAUUGACCCAGUCUUGCUUCCUAAACAAAUUCCUUCAUCGAAUACGUUGUCGGAUCCAAAGGAAACUAGCAAACUAUCCUCUGCCUCAAUGGUAAGGCAGCCAAGACAGAAAAUGACGUUGACUGAGUGUGCCCGGAAAAUGGAGAGGUCGUAUCGUGGAAUUGCACGUCACGCCUCAGAAAUUUCAGACACUUUUAGGGAGCUCGAUACUAGUAGGGUUCAUAAGAGAGAGCGUACUGUGACCGCCACCGACACAGUAGAUCAGAAGAGCACCAAGAAAGGACAAAAGCUCAACCAGCUCGUGCUCCUCGUUCUCGGACAACCUCUUCAAAACCUUCUACACUUCCAAAACUCCCUGCUCAACCUUCACGGACGGUAUUGA